UUUUAUCUCUCGCAGUGUGAAAUAAUCAAGAACGAAACAAUGAAGUUGGAUUUAUUUUUGGUGACUUUUGCCAUUUUUGUCACAGCAAGUGAAAGCAUUUGGUGUUUCAGGUGUCACACAGGAAACUUUACAGAUGAUUUUUUCGGUAAUGUUUCAUUAGCCAAUUGCAAGAAUCUCACUGAAAACACAACUGCCACUUGUAGCAUCGGCUGCAUGAAGUUCAAAAUUAAAGAUAACAAUCGACACUUAACAACCUAUGAUUGUCACGACAAAAACAUUGAUAAGAAAUUAAAUGAAACAGCGAUAAUAAAAAAGAUAGUAUGCUACACGAAUUUUUGUAAUGGCGAAAGAUAUUGGAAUAUUCCAAAAAUCAAGACUCCAACAACAAAAAAUUAUGUCUCCGAAUUUUGGAUUUAUAUCUGUAUUAUAAUUCUCGUCAGUCUAAUUAUUCAUGUAUUUAAAUUUAUUUGCCGAUGCGCUGUUGAACAAAAAACAGGACGAAUGAAAAAUAAUGUCAAUAGUCGAACAAAUUUAAUUGGCAUUUAAAAAAAAUUGUAAAAAAUUGUAAAAAAUUGUUAUAAAUAAUUAUAACAAAAGAAAACAAAAAGGGGGAGAGAGAAAUAAAAAGUUUUAAUUUCUUAAUGAAAAUAAAAUUAC